AUGUGCUGCCGCCUCCGCUGCCGCCGCCACCGCUGCCGCCACGACCCAAGCCAAGCCCUGGCGCGCCCUCCCCCCCUCCCCGGUCUGGUAGGGCGAAGGAGCGGGCGCGCGGUCGAUCGAGCGAUCGGUUGGCGGCUCUUUCUCCUGCUCUGGCAUCCAGCUCUUGGGGCGCAGGCCCGGCCGCCGCGGCGCGCGCCCGGUGGCCGUUGGCGCUCGCGCCGUGUCUUUCUUCUCGUACGCAGAACUCGGGCGGCGGCCUAUGCGUUUGCGAUUCGACGAGGAGUCGUCCGGGUGGUCGGCGGUGGCGGGCAACUGCUCCGCCCCGCUCCCGGGGAGGCGGCGGCGGGAUUUGGCGCGUCCGGGGAAGCGGGGGUGGCCGGGGCGGGCCUGGAGGCCUGGCGCCACCCUUCGGGGCCUGCAAGGACCCAGUUGGAGGCACAGGAAGGUGCUGGGGGAUGGUUGGUGGUGGGCUUUCUACUUUGCCUUUUUCUCCUUAUGCCGCCUUAGUGGGAGGCGGGAGCUCUGGCGGCAGCUCGGGGGUGGGAGACAAGCUCCGGAGUCGGAAGAACUGGGUUUGCUUCCGGGCCUAGCCACCAGCUGGCCGAGUGACCUUAGGCAAGUCACUCUGUAAUCUGUCUGCGCCUCAGUUUCCUCCUCUGCCUAUCGAUGUUUGUGGGGUUAAAAUCGCUUUAUAGUGUAUAAAGCGUCAGUGUACGUAAGGGAUAAUUAUCGUUUGUCAAUUUUUUUGAGUUGUAAGAAAACAGCAAUUGCCCAAUCCAUGGAUUUUGAACCUGGGAACCUUGGUUUGGAGUUGGAGAUCCCCAAACUCCCUGAACUUGUAUGCAGCAUUAGUGGGACUGUGCAUUUUAAGGGAAUGAGGAUCCAUCUCCAACAAGUUUUCAAAGGGAGGUAUCACCCCUGAAGAGUUAAGAACCACAAUUUGUUCAUGCUGUAGGGAGGAAACUGAGGCCUAGAUGUCAUUUGGGAUCCUUCACAACCAAUUCGAAUCCCCUGUUUGAAUCCCUGGGAUAUGUGAGCUUUUUUGUGCAUAUUGGGUAUUCGGGGUAACAACACUCCACUGCUUGGCUUCUUUUCUGAGUCUUUUCUUUCCUCAUAGGGUGCCUGAAGGGUGACUAAUGCAUAUGGUACUGUGGCACCCAUUAUAAAGCAGCGGAAAAUAAGAGUGGACAUAUUCUGUAGUGUCAAGAAGCAUAUUUAAUCUUUGGCCCAAUAACUGUUUGUUGCUGCUUAUACUGGUGCCUGACUGCCUUUCUGACUCUUUCACUGACCAUUUUCCACGACCAUGUUUGCCAUCUGUUACUUGAUCCUAUUUUAUAUCCCUAGUCUAUAUGGUUAGUGAUGAGCAGGUUUCUUUUUAAAUGGUGCUGCCAAGUCUAGCUAAUUAAUGGUGCAGGUGGAUUUUAGCAGGCUGGCUCACUGGAACAGACCAACCAUGGAAUUCCUGAAGAUAUUGGGGGUUAUCUUUAUUAACUGCAGGUUAACAUUCACUGAAAAGUUUUGUUAGAACCUCUACAGAACCUCACCAUCAGUGGAUUUGGAAGUGUUUCAAAGCUUAACUUUUUCCUGGACUGCUUUGUAUUCUAUUAGCUUGCAAAUGUGUUACUAAGAUGGCCAAAAUGCCAGUUUUUUGCUUCUUUGUUAAUUGUCAGCUGCUUUUAUCUAAUUCCAGGCUAUUGCCCAGCAAACACUAUAGAAAUGUUUGAACAUUUGGAAUUCAGACAUUUUUGUUUUGUGGAGUGGUACAGCUCUAAGCAAGUGAACACACAAGUUUAAGUGUAUUUUGUCUGGUUAGGUGUUACCUGGUUCCACUAUUGCAUACAAAUAUCUGGAAAAAAAAUCGAUUGACUGUACCCUUUACCUAAAGGGCAGAGACAAAUGAUCUCACUGCCAGAGAAAUAACUUUUUUGGAGAAAGAUGUAUUGGUCUUUUAGGUUUUUUUGUAAUAAAAUGUGGAUGUACUACAAAAGAAUCACAAGACUGUGGUGAUAAGAUGCUUUUCUUGGCAGAAGGGGAAAAAAACAACUGGAACUCUAAGCUUGAAAUUCUGUGACAAAAUGUGAGAUGUCCAAGAUAGGAGGUUGAAAGUGUGUCACUACAGUAUUCUGCACUAGCUGGAGCAGAUGUCUUUCAGUGUAGCCAUGGCAUAGGCUCCAGAUUUGCAAGACGGGGACCUGCAAGAGCUUAUGAGGAUGUGACAAGAACUCUGGAGUUGGAUACUUUUAUUUUUGAACUUUGGGACUAUUGACCUCACUUUCAGAAGAGAGAUUGACUAAACAAACUAUGCCACCAGCGCCAUUAUGGAGAAUUCGAAGUCCUGAGUUUCUGCUGGAUCCUCAGUUGCAAACUGGUGACACUGCAUCCAAAGUGAACUACGACAGCAAACCCGUUGAGGAAAAAAGGGAUCUUGUCUUAACGAAUCUUGCCCACACAUACUACCACAUAUGAUGAAGCUUUUAAUAGAAAGGAGGAAUUUAGAGAGCAGGCUAUCUCAGAAUAAGCAUUCACCUACAGAUUUGGUACCUGGAUUUUUGCCCAUGGUGAUUCCUGUUACCUUACAACGGAAGAAGACACCAUUCCAGUGGACCACUGUGACCCCAGGAGCAUUGAACCAUCAUGAUGUGGCCUUCACCCACUCCUAUUCUGCCAAGAUUGAGCACCACCCUUUAUGUGAAGUCAAACUCCUGAAGCCAAAUAGCUAAAGGAAGCUGUUUAAUUACAACAGAGGCCCAUGAGUGUGUGUUUUGUUUCUUCAGUUCAAACCUUCAGAGACACAUAAUAAAUUUGGACCAGGGGAUUUUUAGUUUUCAACACUGUCUGAAGAAUGAUGACAUCUCCUUGAGAACCACAUCCCACAGUCUGACAUGUUUGAAAUAUAUCAAGAAUCCCAUCCAUGUCACUGGACACUGUUCUUUUUCCACUUCAAAUCUGUAGUAUCCUACUGAAAGAGAAAGCAGAUAUUCUGACUUACUGGAAUUAAAACAAAGGCACAGUGAAGGCCUCAUAGCAUCUUCGUUGGGAUUACUCAGGAACCAGAACUUUUCAUGCACAUGUAAGAAAUUUUACAAAGGAAUCCUUUACCUAACGGCAUCUUACAAGGCUUCAAUCAGAUUCCAGAAAAGGCCUCUUGAGACAUCCAGCAUUUUGUGAACAACUUAUUCUUAGAUCAUUGGUUUUCCAAAGGCUUUGUGGCCAUGAAGCCCUUUGAAUGAAAACUAUGUGGAAACCUAAAGUACAAGUGAAGCUGUUCUGGAUGAACCAGGAGUGGGAGGCCUGAAACCUGCUACAAGCAUCUUCCUUUACCACCAUGGUGACACCUAAGGAGACUUCUUUAUAACACCUAGAAUUCUUCAGAACACAUUUUGAAAAACACUGCCCUAGACAACAAUAUGUGUGACCUGAAUGGUAUUCUGAUCUGUACCUCUACCCAGCACAGUCCAUGUUCAGGUGGUACAGAACAUUUUUAGGCAUACUUACUGUGGGCAAACUCAGGAAAGUCUAAGAAGACUGGUGUGUCUUUGUCCUGCCGCCCACCCCCCAAGAAGUUAUAUGGGCUAAAAGUGGUUAUCAACUGGACCUAAAGUUAACAGCCCUCUACCCCCUGAUGGACUUCCAGUAAUUGCUGGGUUUGGAUAUAGACUUGAGUGAUUCCUACAUAACACUGACAAACUCCCUUACCCAACAUCUUUCACAAAUACCAGAUGCUCUAGUGGUACUUGAAAUGUGAGUUUGAAGUCUUGAUUCUCCUUGAAUACCUGAAUUGCCAGGUGUUGAAGCUGAUGCCUCAUUGAGGCCGUAGUAGACCAACUUGUACAUUUGGACCUCCCAUCAUCAGCUUUGGUACUCUUUCAUAUGCAAGUGAUAACCGUUAACUAUGAAGCAAAAUUCAGAUAUUGGCAACAUUAACCAAAAGGGUACCUGGUUUUACCAUUCAUCUUAUUCUCAAACUACAAGUUACUAUGACUCAACCAGUGACAGUGUUACUGCUGCUUGGUUUUUAUUCAUUUCAACUUCUGUUUUCGGGAUAAAUGAGCUAAUAACCUUUAAAAAGCUAAAACAGUUUCUUCAUCAUUGGUUUAUCUGCCUGGCAUAUUCUGCUCUAAAAUUAGGAAUACCGAUCUCUAACUACAUGUAAGACCUGAUCCACAAGAGACAGUCUUUGAACAUCUUUUCUCAUGUAUGUGAUUUAAAAUGUGAUCAUUUGGAAAAAUUUUUAUGCCACUGAGCGUUUUUCCUUAAGGUGGGUCCUAUGAUGUCUGCUACUACCAGCUCUAGGUAUUAGGGAUAUUUUGAGGUAGGCCUUUUGACUAGGCUGUGAUAGCUUACUUGCUGGGACUCUCAAGUUGGUGUAUCAUCUACUUUUUUUUUCCCUUCUUGGAAAUAGAGACGUGAGAAUCAUCUACAAAACCUAUAGCUAAGGAUUUUGUCAGGAGACUCAGACUUCCUGCUGCUGCUUUCUAAUGUCACAAGACCACGGUCCAUUAUUGUGGAUAUGUGCAUGGAAUUUUAGCUGUCUCGAUACUGUUUUACACUGAUUCAGAGUGGCCAACCUCAUUCCUUGCCAUGAGAUGCUCUCAGGCAUUGAAACAACUUACCUGUUUCUGCAGGAAGGAUUCAGCUUAUGAACUUCCAGACCAGAUUAUGUUGAACAACUAAACUUUGAUUUAUAUCAUGAGGAAAAUCUCAUAUACUUCACAGUUGACUUAAGGGCCAGCUGUCCUCAACUACUCUAAUGAAUGCACUGGUUAAAUAUUGGGAAUGGUUUCUUUAUAUCUAUCUCAUCCACUAGACUAAUUAUGAUUACGUGACUUGGUCUGCAGAUCGUCCAAGUGGCCUAAGUCUGGUUACUCUAGACUGCUCGCCAUCAACAAAUAAAAAUAAAAGAUGACUAUCCUGCUUGUAUAUACAACUAUCAUUUGUGAAGAAAAAAUUAUCUACAAACUCAGUUUUCUUACUACCUUCAAAAUAUCAGCUGGAUUUUUUUCACCUGUAUAGAAAAAGAUGUUGAUCUAUACUGCCAUUCAUUCCCUUCAGUCCUGUCCAACUCAGUCAAAAUGAGGGGCUUAAAGUGAAGAUGACCGUCUUUCAAGAGUCUAAUGAAUACCAUGUGUCAGAAUUGAUGGAUGAAAAGCCUAAAAAUCAAGCCUAGAAACUUACCUACUAAUCUCCAUGCCUCAAAUCUCAUCUAAGUCUGUCCAGCAGCGCCAUUCAACCAGUUUGAGGCCUUGACUUGUAUUUAAUUCCCAGACAUGUGCCGAAUCACAGAAAAUGGAGACUUGAUUACCAAAGAAAGUAGGGCCAACUUUGAUGAACCCUAUCACUCACAAGUGUAGCAUAAACACCUAAACAGAACCUCAAUUGGAUUGAGAAUAUAGCCUUCUCCUAAGCUGAACAUUUUCGGGCAAACGAGCAGGAAAGUGAAAGCUGCUGUACCUAACUGGCUAUUUAAGGUCAGAAAGUUGUAUCCAGAGUAAACGCUAUAGAUUAACCCUGGAGUGCUCAGGGUAAAAACUAAUUUACAGAGCUUUGGUAUUAAACUAUGUGUUCUUCCAUAUUAUAUCCUGGUUAUUGGUAUGGCUGGCCCUACUGAAUAAGUAAGGUACCCUACUUACCUAUUUGUCUGACUCAGCCCCUGCCUGCCUUUGGUGAUGUUUGUGCAAUCAGACUUGUGUCCUCAAGGUGAUUACAACUGAUCUCAGCCUAUUUUAUACCCAGUUCCACCAAGAUUUUUGAACAGAAGCAACCUGCACCUCACCCCACCAGGACUUUGAUGUUCUCAACAAGAAGGACCAUGCUGUAUACUGUGACCAGCAGCAGCCUUUUUUUUUUUUCUUUUUAAGUGCAGAGGAAGCCUCUAAACCUGUAUAUAUUUGAUCAUUUUCAGCACCUGGCAUCCCUUAUACCACAUCUGAAGGAGUACAGCAGAUUUAAAGCAGUCAGUUUCUUCUACAGUAAUACAGAAGUGAGUCUGAAUCACCAGUUCAGAAAUGAGAAAUGUUCAACUUGGCAAAAGACUUGAACACAAGAAAAGUUUUCCAUGAACUUAAAAUUUACCACUGACUUGAAAAUCCUCACGUACUAUUUGCCAUUGGGAGGCUAGUUGUCUUGCAUUAUGUCAGCUUGAUAGUUGGGCUCUCUGACUCAUGUUACUUAUAUUGAAAGUAUUGAAUCAUCCAGAGUAUGUUACUGGACAUGAUUAUUCCAUUCCAAUAAGUUUUCUGAGUACAGGAAAUACAUCCCCAUGGUGGUUUUGUUUUUGUUUUAAUACUUUUUUAGAGUAACAGUGCCAGCUGUUAUCAUUCAACUUUAUGAGCAAAGAUUAAACUUUUACAAUAUCCGGUCUUAUCACUGAUACUGUUUUUAAUUGACCAGCAAUUCAUUCCAUCUCUUUGUAACAACUCCCUGAUGUUUCUUGGGACUAUAUUCAUUUUCAGUCUGCAUACUUGACACAGUCUGACCUAACCUUAAGUUUCAUGUUGGACAUGUAGUUCAUGCCUGAUUAGUCAAGAGUCAUCUCCUUCACCAUAGUGAUUGAUUCAGGAAUGGUCAUGUGAUUCAAGUUGACCCAGUGAUACUCAACCCUAGGAGUUUUACUGAACUAUGGAAGCUCAGAAACUCAAUUUACUGAGGUUGCUUAACUUUGUAGGAUGAGAAAAAACUUCAGACCACCAAGAGUCCACCAUAUCAAAUGAGCCAGUCAGAAAAUGAAGCCAGUGCAGAGGAAAGCGGAGCCAAAUGAUGGAGACUUGAGUCCUGAUGACAAUGUUUGUGCUCCUGGAUCCACCCGUGCCUGAAGCUAUAUAUCCUCUGGAUUUUUUCAGUUUUGUGAACCAAUAAAUACUCUUUUGUUUAAGUUA